AUGGCUUUGAGUUUCUUUGGUGGCGGAGGCAGCUCCAGUCACGCGAAAUACUUUGAUAUCCGUCUUGAUGAAGAUUAUAUCGUAUUUCGCGGAGGCGAGGAAGAAGCGGCCAGUGCCCAUCUGAGCGGAAAGCUCAUUCUUUGUCUGUCGGAGCCCUUGUCCAUUAAGCACAUCAGACUCCAUCUUACGGGUAUAUCUCGGGUUUGUUGGCAUUUGCCGUCGAGUACUGCCGGAGGCGGUAGAAAGUCGUGGAGAGAACGUGUAUUCUACGAGAAGACCUGGAGAUUCAGAGAUGCGGGCAAAAGCAAGACGGAGGUUCUGCCAGCGGGCAACUACGAGUACCCCAUCAACCUUGUUCUCGAGGGAUCUAUGCCGGAGAGCGUUGAAGGCCUUAACGACACCUACGUGACCUAUCGCUUCAAGGCGGAAAUUGGACGCAAAUAUGCCAAGGAUAUUAUUGUUCGCCGGCCGCUCCGUAUCAUUCGCACUCUUGAGCCUAGUGCUCUUGAACUUGCGCACGCAAUGUCCGUGGAAAAUGUCUGGCCAAACAAGAUUGAAUACUCGAUCAGCACACCAACGAAGGCCGUGGUCUUCGGAACUAGCAUCCGUGUGGACUUCAAGCUGAUCCCUCUCCUUAAGGGACUUCGAAUUGGACAGAUCGUUUCGCAGCUCAUCGAAAGCCACGACCUUACCCUGAACCCCGAAGACCCUGAUUCCGUCCGCAACACAUACAAGAGUACGAGAACCAUCCUGAACGAUGAGCAUGAGCUGGAUGAGGACAGCGGUUUGGAAAUCAUCGAUGAAAUGGCAGAGGGAUAUCAGUUUUCGCGUCAUCUGGAUCUGCCCAAGACUUUGACUCGGUGCCUGCAGGACACUGACACCAGGGGCAUCAAAAUCCGUCACAAGCUCAAGUUCCGUGUUCAGCUCCUGAAUCCUGAUGGACAUGUCAGCGAGCUUCGCGCGACCCUCCCCGUCUCGAUUUUCAUCUCCCCCAGCUUAGCCAUCGAUGAAAACAACAACCUUAUCGACCAGACCCCUCAGUCCGCUCAAAGAGCGGUUGAUAAUCUCGCCCAGCAGGCUCCUCCCUUGUACGGCGAGCAUCAAUUCGAUCAACUGUACAGCGAACUUGAUCCUUCUGGAUACCGGACUCCAGGCCCUGGAAGUGGCCCUGGCACUCCGUUCGGCACCCUUAGCCGUAAUCUGUCGGCUGAGAACCUUGCUUCAAUGAAUGCAUUGACCAACACCGACAUUUCCGCUUCUGCCUUGCACACCCGUCUAUCGAUUCUGCGCGCCAACGGGAAUGAUCAGCCCUCCCCUACCGACCAGGAGCAUCCGGAAAACGACAGCCGUCGCCUGGGUGUUCCUCCCGAUUACUUCGGAGCGGGAUCCGGUUCCAACUCGCACAGCCCCGCCAGCCCUGAGCUCUCCCGCCGUCCCUCUGACGAGGUCGAACACGACUACAUCCAUUCCGGAAUGGCAACUCCCUACCACCCUCAAUAUGCCGAAGUCGAGACCCUGAGCCGUGUCCCAAGCUACUCCACCGCCGUCCGCACUACUGUUCGCCCUUGCGACUCGGAACUGCCUGAUUAUCAAGCUGUCAUCGCCGAGGAUGUUGUCAUCUCCGCGCCCCAGUCGCCUCAGCAGGCUCAUGUCCGCACCGCCGGCCGCGGGUCUUCAUAUUUCUCCGCUAUCGAUGCGCUCCACAGCCGGUCUGGUCUCCUCCACUCCACCUCCAGUCACGACGAUGAUGAACGUCGACUGCGUCUUGUCCAAGCUCGAGCCAGGGUCUAA